AUGCGAGAUUCAGCCUUGGCGAGUAUCGUGGAUUACGAUGCGUUGGAGAGGAGACGUGUGUUUAGAGAGAGUAAGGUGGAGUGUGAAGUUUGCAUGGAUGCGGAUAAGUUGGGAGCGGAGUGCACACGAUUGAGUGGAUGUGAACACGUGUUCUGUCAUGAGUGCCUUCGGGAGGCGCUGAAAUACCACAUGGCGGAUGGCGUGACUGCAGGUACCUUCCGGUGUUUGGGAUGCAACAGCCUGGUUGAUUUGCAUGAGGUGAAGGAGUUUGCGACCCCGGAGCAGUACGAGCGAUACGACGAGCUCCUGCUGCAACGCAGUUUGUCGAUGAUGGAGGACGUGGUGCGUUGUCCGCGCGCGGGAUGCAGUGGCACUUGCCUGGCUGACGACGAGUACUUGGCUCGCUGCCCCGUUUGCCAGCACUCCUUCUGCCCACGGUGUCUGCGGCCAAACCACCGUGGAACUGCGUGCAAACAGGAGGCCACUGUGGAUGGCGGUGAGAGCGACGACGAGGAAGAAGAGGAAGACGAUGCCGAUGACAAAGUCUGUGCCUGUGGUGGUGUGUCCUCGUUUGCGAUUUGGUGGAUGGAAGAAGGUCAGGUUGAGGAGAUAGUGGAUGGUUUGUUUGUCAAGACGAUGCGUUGCACAGACGAAGAGGGACGCCUGCUGUGGAGGAUCGCGCAUGAACAGGAUCCAGCAAAACGCAUGCUGCUCCUGGAGAGGCAGGUGCUCGUGUUGGGCCGACCCACUGAGGAUGUAGUGGCUUUUAAUAGGUUCAGGAAAACCUACAGGAAUCGUUGUCCAACUUGUAGAAUCUUCGUCGAGAAAGUCGAUGGAUGCAAUAGUGUCUUCUGUCCAAUCUGUAACAAAGAAUUCAUAUACGGGCUUCAGGAAGCUCGAUGUCAACCUGACCCCUCGCCAUGA